AUGUUGAGAAUCAAACUUAACAAUAACAAUGCUAGGUCGUCACAACGUGGAAAUGCUGAAGCUUUGUUCCCAUCAGACGAUGAAGUGCAACAGCGGCCUGACCCGGAGAAAAUGAAGCAGAAGAAGAGAAAACAUACGUCUUCGUCGUCAUUAAUAUCUGCGCCGAGUACAUCCAGGGAGAGUCCAGCUCCCGCUCGUGUCACAUCACCACCACCGGUAAAAGUCAAGAAACCUGCUAUCAAGCCUAUCCCACCGAAGAAAGCAACGGUCCGGGAUAUCUUCGGAACCGACAGCGAAGAUGAAGACCAGGAUCAACCUGUUACUGGUAAACCUAUUCAGUUGUUGCAGUCAUAUAUGACUCGAAGGCUUGCUAAUGGGCACUCUCGCCAAACAUGUGACACCAAAAAAGGGUCACACUAUAUUGAACUAAAGGUAUACAGUUGCAACGAAAUUGAAAAGGUGACGCCUAUGAAUCGGUGGCGCCACGCUAUUGUUUGCGUGAAAAACAAAACAGACGAAAACACGGAAGCGUGGCAACAUCUUAUUCCUUCAAGUUCUGUCAUCAGAUCUAAUAAUAAUUUAUUGAAAUGUGUUCACUGUCAAAUUGAAAUACCGAAAAACGAAUAUCAAUAUCAUAUAAGAACUAAUUUACAUAAAUCGAAUAGCAUACUGAAAUCUGAAUUUAAGAAUAUCGAUAUCAUUGCUACAGCUUUUAAAAACAGAAUAAUAACUUACAGACUUAAUCCAUCAGAGAUGUAUCUCACACCAGAGGUAUUCUUAAUAGAUAAUCAGAAAGAUGUAAUGAAUUUAUUGAAUGUUUGUCUUAAGAAACAUAACUGUAUUAAAGUGAACUUUGAACUUUUCGCUUACUUUGUUCUGCCAUCAACUGGUGAACAUGAACUGAAAUCAUUUAAUAGUAAAUAUGAAUUAGUUUAUCAUAGUACUGAUAUAAAUGAUCUAUAUUUAAAUUUAAUAAAUACUUUUAAUAGAAAACUAUCUGAAUUUCAACACCGUGAAUCUGGCUGGUCUUGCCUCCUUAUAAAUCAUCUGGAGAUUAAUGUAAAUAAAUAUAAUCCUUUAAGAGGUGGAUCAUAUAUAGAAUUGCCAAAUGUACUUAAACGAUCUAAAAGCUGUAUUAACAUACAAAACAAUGAUAAUCAUUGCUUCCUAUGGAGUAUUGUGGCAGCAUUAUUUCCACAAAAGAGAAAUGUUUGUAGAACAAAAUCAUAUCCACACUAUUCUACAGUACUAAAUGUAAGUGAUAUGAUGUUUCCACCAUCAAACCCAGAUAUUAGACAUUUCGAAAAAAUAAAUUCCGACAUAAGUGUGAAUAUUUAUGGCUUAGAUAGCAAACACAUUGUAACUGGCCCUUUAUAUGUCACUAAAUCAAGAAAGCGUAAUCAUGUAAAUUUAUUAUAUAUUGAAAAAAAUGGAAAAGGUCACUAUUGUUUAAUCAAAGACCUUUUACGACUAGUGAAACGGCAAAUUACUCAUCACAAAGGUAAAAUGUUUUUUUGUGAUUUAUGUUUACAAUGUUUUGCAAGCUCGAAGAAGUACAACUCACAUAUAUGUAAUAAACUACGGACAGUACUGCCGGGUAAAAAUACUAUUCUACAGUUUAAAAAUUAUGAAAAGCAACAAAAAAUAAACUUUGUUAUUUAUGCAGACUUUGAAAGCCUUCUAUUAAAUCGUAAUGAUCUUAUAACGGAGAAUACUCGAAUAUAUAAAGCUCAUCAACCCUCUUGUUUCGGUUAUUAUAUUUGUUGCUCACACGACCGCAGUUUGAAUAAAUAUGUGACGUAUAGAGGUCCAGAUUGUGUAGAAAAAUUUGUUACAUAUUUGCUAAGCGACAUGGAAAUGAUUUAUAAUAUAUUAUCAAAAGAGCUGCCUAUGUCACCUUUAACAAAAGAUCAAGAAAAAAACUUUAAUAACGCCACCGUGUGUUACAUAUGUAAACAACUAUUAUUUGAUGAUAAGGUGAGAGAUCAUGAUCAUGUGACAUCGCAAUACCGAGGUGCUGCACAUUCUCAUUGUAACAUAAUGCACAGAGUUUGUUCAUUUGUGCCAGUGGUUUUUCAUAACUUGGCUGGUUAUGACUGUCAUCUUUUCAUCAAAGAACUGGCAAAAUAUGAAGGUUAUUUUAAAAUAAUACCGAAAACUAAAGAAAAAUAUAUAUCUCUUACUAAAAUAAUUCAAACCAAACAGAUAAAAUUUAUCGAUUCUCUCCAGUUCCUUAACUCAAGCUUGGAUGUCUUAUCUAGAAAUUUAAAUGAUGAUGAGUUCAUACAUUUAUCGGAUGAAUUUCACGACGCGGACUUGUUGAAAUUAUUGCAACGUAAGGGUAUUUACCCUUACGAUUAUAUGGAUUCUUUUUCAAAAUAUGAUGAAAAUUGUUUACCCCCGAAAGAAUGUUUUUAUAAUAGUUUAAAAUAUGAACACAUAACCGAUGACGAUUACAAGCACGCGAAACAAAUAUGGCAAAGUUUUAAAUUAAAAUCUCUUGGAGAGUAUACAGACUUAUAUUUAAAAACUGAUGUUUUGUUACUUUGCGAUAUAUUUGAAAAUUUUAGAGACACUUGCUUACGAUAUUAUAAUCUUGAUCCAGCUUAUUAUACCACUGCACCGAGCUUGAGUUGGGAUGCCAUGAUGUUGUAUACAAAGGUCCAAUUAGAGCUAAUUAGUGAUUUAGAAAUUUAUGAAUUACUGGAAAAGGGGAUACGGGGAGGGUUAGCUCAGUGUUCUCUUCGUAAUGCAAAGGCUAAUAAUAAAUACUUACCGAAUUUUGAUGGCUCUCAGGAAUCAACUUUUUUGAUAUAUCUCGACUGUAAUAAUUUAUAUGGAUAUGCGAUGACAAAAAAAUUGCCAAUAUCUGACUUCCGGUUUUUGUCACCUGCUGAAAUAUAUGCAAUUAAUAUAACCAAUGAACCGGAUGACUCAGAUUAUGGAUAUAUUUUAGAAGUCGAUUUGUCUUACCCAGAUCAUUUACAUAAACAUCACCAGGAUUUACCUUUUGCUCCAGAAAAGUUUAUUCCUCCAGAUGGUAAAACUCCAAAAUUAAUUGCAAGCCUGUACGAUAAAUUCAAAUAUGUCAUACAUUACGUUCAUUUAAAAGAAUGUUUAAAGAAUGGUCUUGUUUUGAAAAAAAUUCACCGUGUACUCACAUUUAGACAAGAAAACUUUUUACAGGAAUACAUUGACUUGAAUACUCAUUUACGUCAAAGAUCAACGUCAUCGUUUGAAAAAAACUUAUUUAAACUGAUGAAUAAUGCGAUUUUUGGUAAAACUAUUGAAAAUAGACGAAAACAGGUAAAUAUUAAAUUAGCUACUACUUGGAAUGACAAGAACAAUAAGACAAACAAACAUCUUAGUGCUGUAAACUUAAUUUCAAAACCUAACUUCAAAAACAUAACAAUAUUUUCUAAAAACUUUGUAGGUAUUCAUUUAAGCCCCGAAAAAUUAAAUCUCGACAGACCCAUAUAUAUUGGUUUUACGGUUUUAGAGUACGCAAAACAGCAUUUGUAUAAGUUUCACUAUGAUUAUAUAAAAAACAAAUAUAAAAACAAAGCAAGGUUGUGUUAUACUGAUACUGAUAGUUUGCUUUAUUUUAUAAAAACACCAGAUUUAUACCAAGAUAUGAAACAAGACAUUUCAAAUUUUGAUACCAGUAAUUUUGAUGUAAACAAUAGUUUUGAAAUGCCUAGAGUCCACGCACAAAUCCCAGGCCUAUUUAAAGAUGAGCUCGCGGGUGACAUUAUUACAGAAUUUACUGGGCUUAGAGCUAAACUAUACUGUAUAAAAAGUUUAAAUGGGGAAACUAGAAAAGCCAAGGGUGUCAAUAAGUCAAUCACAAAGCGAUUACGAUUAUAUAAUUAUAAUAAAGCUCUACUUAGUGACAGUACAUUUAAAUGCAAGAUGAACACUAUUAAAUCUAUAAAACAUAUGUUGUUUUCUCAGGAAAUAAAUAAAAUAGUUAUUAAUAGAACUGAUGAUAAGAGACAGAUACUAUUAAAUCAAAUAGAUACAUUACCAUGGGGUCAUUGUAAUACUAUAUUUUAG